UGUCAGUUCCUGCAUGAGUUUCCCUGAGAGCAGCACUGUGUCCCCAGUAGUCAGCAUGGCAGGGCCGGGGAUGCUGCUCCUCUGGGCCGGGCUGCUGCUCUGCCAGGAUGCCACCACUGCUGCCCUUCCACCGCACAUAGUCUUCGUCCUGGCGGACGACCUGGGCUUUAAUGACGUGAGCUUCCACGGCUCGGAGAUCAGAACCCCGACUCUGGACAGUCUGCGAAGCCAAGGCGUGGAGCUGGGCUCCUACUACGUGCAGCCGCUGUGCACCCCGUCCCGCAGCCAGCUGCUGAGCGGCAGGUACCAGAUUCACACGGGGCUGCAGCAUGAGAUAAUAUGGCCGUGUCAGCCCCACUGUCUACCUCUUGAUGAAAAGCUGCUGCCCCAGUUACUGAAGGAAGCCGGAUAUGCCACACACAUGGUGGGAAAAUGGCACCUUGGCCUUUAUAAAAAGGACUGCCUUCCGACCCGCAGAGGAUUCGACACUUACUUUGGAUAUCUUCUGGGCAGCGAGGAUUAUUAUACCCAUGACAGAUGCUAUGAAAUCAAGGGUGUGAAUAAAACCGUGUGCGCUCUUGAUUUCCGAGAUGGUGAAGUAGCAGCCAAAGGUUAUGAGAAGAAGUACUCCACACAUUUAUUUACCGAAAGAGCUGUGGAUCUCAUAGCUAAUCACAAUCCUCAAACGCCUCUGUUCCUUUACCUGCCGUAUCAAGCAGUUCACGCGCCUCUUCAGGUUCCACAGGAAUAUUUAGAGCCGUACAGUUUCAUCCAUGACCAGAACAGGCGCCAUUAUGCAGGGAUGGUGUCCGUCCUGGAUGAAGCGGUAGGAAAUGUCACUGAUGCGUUAAAGCAAUAUGGACUUUGGGACAACACCGUUUUCAUAUUCUCUACAGAUAAUGGUGGGCAGACAUUGGCUGGUGGCAACAACUGGCCUUUACGUGGAAGAAAGUGGACCCUUUGGGAAGGUGGAGUACGAGGAGUGGGCUUUGUCACAAGCCCCUUAUUGAAGCAGAAAGGUGUCGUUAGUAAAGAACUGAUCCAUAUUUCGGACUGGCUGCCAACAUUAGUGCAUCUGUCUGGAGGAACUAUUAAUGGUACCAAGCCCUUGGAUGGAUUCAAUGUGUGGAAAACCAUCAGUGAAGGAAGCCCAUCCCCCAGAGUGGAGCUGCUGCAUAACAUAGACCCUCUCUUUGAGGAUAACUUCCCGUGUUCCACAGAUAAUGAGAUGGGAGAGCCCGUGUCCAGCGGCUUUCGUCCUAAAUGGGAAAAUCCAUUGUUCAAUGUAUCAAUUCAUGCCGCAAUUCGACAAGGAAACUGGAAACUACUGACUGGAAAUCCAGGUUGUGAUCACUGGUUUCCUCCACCAAAUUCUUCAGACGUUCCUGAUUUCCCAUCAUUUAAGUCUUCAGGAAAGAAUCUCUGGUUAUUUGAUAUUGCCCAAGAUCCUGAAGAGAAGCGAGAUUUGUCAGACAAAUAUCCUGAAGUGGUGAAGAUGCUUCUUUCUCGUCUCGAGUACUACUACAGUCAUUCUGUUCCCAUCUAUUACCCAGAUGAUGAUCCCAGAUGUGACCCUGAAACUUCCGGUGUCUGGGGCCCAUGGGAAUAAUAUUUUGUAUGAAGAUAACAUACACCUAUGAUAAAAUCGGAAGGAUUAGGAUAGCGUCUUCUAUUAGAUUCUCUUUUAUGAGAUGAGUGUCACGGCUGUGUCAUGGUCUGGUGGUAGUGGACCGCGACACUUUUGCCGUGCAUGCUUGUUGCCGAUGCAUGUUUGGAUACUUCCCAUUUAAGUUUGUUGUUUCUUCCCAUUUUGAUGUGUUCGGGGUUAAGGUGUGCAAGGUGGAGCUGGGUGUGGCCUCAUGGCUCUUCUUAUGUUGGAGUUGUGAGCGUGAGGUCAGUUGUUUGUCUGGUAUGUUUGGUGUAUUGCCCGGCAUGGUUGCUAGACAUCCCCUUGUUUGUCUGUACCUCCGGUGAGGGGGUCCCAGGGGUUCCUCGGAGUCACAAGCAGUAGUUGUUCCACCCAGUGGUUGAGGCAGGUAAGUGCUGUUUUUCCAGUGCUUGUCGUUUUGCGCUGGGCUCUUAUUUGCUGCUAUGUGUUUUUGCUUGCUGUCUGCUCCUUCCUAGUUGCUAGGCCUGUGUGAGACUCUGGUUCAUCCGUGUAAUGGAUGAACCGGUCGUCUAUUAUUCCUGACUCCUAUUUCAGGGAUCGUUAGGGUCAGAAGGACCCAGGUUCCGGAGUAUGAGCCCCCCUACCAUCGAGGCUGGCUCAUACAGUUAGGAGGUCAGGAAUAGGAUGAGGGUGGCAUUAGGAGGUGACCUGCUCCCCUUAUCCUGGUAUCCAGGCCUAGUUACUUUCCCAAAUUCUUUACAUUGUAUGGUGGGGAGUUUUUCCCCACUUCCCACCGUGACAAUGAGGCAUAGAGGCCAUGUUUGGUUGAAUGAAAUGUGUUGUAGUAAUGGUUCUCAAGUCCAACAUCCAAAUAAUAAAAAAGUAUCCCAGGAACCAGAAUCCUUUAGGAGAAGUCCACCUUACUCAUUGAUGCCAAGCUGACCAUUUUGUAGACUCUAUUAGAGAGUGAAGGCAUCCUGUACAUAAAAUCUGAGUUGAGUCCGACAUCUGCUUGAACCAUAUGUGCCAAAUUCUAAUAUAAAAAAAAAAUGGUAGGGGGCAGCACUGAGCAACAUACAGUAGUCUCAGUAGUUAGUAUGGGUAGGUGGCAUCAGCAAUAAACAACAGGUAGUAUAGUCUCAGGAUUGGGGUGGUGACAUUUGUGUUUGUUUGGGGUGGUUCUGAUGACAAUCAAUUAUUAAUAUGCUUUUUCUACCUGAUUACUGAAUCCUGUUGAAAACCUCAGAUGAUUUAAUGUUUAAAUUUUUUUUGUAAUGACUAUAAAAUAUGAUUAUGAUUUAUGUGCUAGGUUAUUAAAGUGAUUAAAUGGCA